AUGACGAACAAUUACACGACUUCUGUAGAUCUCUUUUUUGAAGAAGCAAGAAAGAAAUCCGAAGCCUACAAGAACAUUAUUGCGGGUAAUAUUGAACCCUUAAUAGAACAAUUAAGGGAAGUAUUGGAUAAAAAGCAAUUAU